AUGCAGCAUAUCUUGGCCUAUCCCUACGCCAGCCGCUUCGCUGGCUUCAUCCCCAAAGAGGAGGAUGGGGGCGCCGACCAUGCACAGCGAUUGUGGCGCUACGUCAACCAAUCCGACCGCGUGCGAUUCGUUCAAUUGGGCCGGUGGAUGCUCUACGCGGAUGCCUUCGGCUACGCGAGGCGCGAGCUGCCCGGUCGCCUUUGUGUGAUACAGAACGGCGACAUCUCGCUCUCGCUGGCGCGCCAACACGUUCAGGCCUACCGGCGCCUGGUCAGCAGCGCCGUGACAGGCAGCGACAAGCAGUCGCUCCUCGUGAGCGUCCACGGCCACAGCAAGGUGUUCAUUCUAUCGCGAAGCCACCUCGAGCUGCCCUCCUGCCCGACCACCGUCGUUCGGAACUGUGCCAAGGCGGCUUUAAUCGGAAGCUACGACACCUACAUCUUCAUCUCCCCUCUCCCCGAGAUCCUCGAGUGGCAAACCCCGAUGCCCCAGAACAUCUGGGGAGCGGAGAAUCGGGUCAUCUGGGCUCUCAAAUGCCUCAACAUCUCGGUCACCAAUCCGUGCCUCGAGCUCGUCACCGUUCACCAUCACUGCAAGAGCUCCUUCCGACCCACUCAGCAGGAGGACCCCAUCGGCCUCCCUCGCGUCGAGUACGACAAGAACGGGCCGUACUCGUUUCCGCCGCGAAAGCCGGCGGCGUCGCUCGAGGAGAGCAUGGACCCGGCCGACUUCCCGGCCCGCGAGAUCUGCCACCACUUCCCCUGGAACGGACCCGAGGGCCGGAGUGCGGAGGACAUCGCCGCCCAACGGCGCGACGAGGCCAACGCCAACCAAGCCAAAGCUCGGAGAACCGGUGGCUGGAAAGGUUGA